GAAGUCAGUUAUGAUAUUAAAUGUAAAAUAUAUUUCAUCCAAUGCUCUAACUUUAAGUUGCAUGACACUACCUUUGAAAAAACUAAAUUAAUGUAUGGAUGUUUAGAUAUGAAACAGGUUCUUCUCACGAUUUCAGUUAUAUCCCAAUAAUUCCCACAUUUGCUGAGGAAAGUUUCCAACAUGAAAUAUGUCCAAAAAUCCACAGUUUAACCUCCCAUGGAAGGUUUUUUGGAAAUUUAACAGAAAUGUUGCAUCCCUUUGCAACCUUAUGUGUAACUCUGGAUCUAUUCUUGUUUUAGUUUUUUAACCUUGCAUUGGAUUAUUUAUUUGUUGAAGGGAAAAUGUGUAAUAUUUCCCUUCUGCUCCUGGUUCAAUAUGCAUUUCAUCAAUGGUUCUACAUCCAGCACUGUCAGACAGUCGUUUUUUUUUCUUUGCAAAUUGAAACAAGGUCGCAGUCCAAUACAGCACUGUGAUACAUUAGAUUCAAUUUGAUUCUGGGUUUGUCCAAAAUAAAUAAAUUGAUGUAAGCAAAGUGGUGGUGGUGGUGCAUUUCCUCUGAUCAUUAGAAUCUAAUGGCACUGCAGCACAUUGCAGGCGCGGGUGAGUGCAGCUUAAUCACUUGUAAGACUUGAUUGAGUGUGUGUUAAUAAACAUUAGGCUCUCUCUCUUCCCCAGCUGAUUAGUGGUUGAUGUGCUUGCCUCUCUGCAGGCUGAAGACGCAGUCCUGAAGAUUGAUGGAGGGCCAUGCUAUUCAAACAGCAGGCAUUGCUGAGACAGAAGCUCUUCGUUCUGGGCAGCCUCGUGAUCGGAAGUGUCCUCUAUCUUGUGGCCAGGGUUGGGACUUUGGAUAGGUUACAGCCCAUUUGCCCCAUUGAGAACAGAUUUCACCACCCUGAGCCAGAGCAAAUCCCUCUUCGUACUCUGCAGUUUAAGCGCGGGCUGCUCCACGAAUUGCGCAAGGGCAAUGCCACCAAAGAGCAAAUCCGCCUGCACAACCUGGUCCAGCAGCUGCCUCGGGCCAUCAUCAUUGGAGUUCGCAAGGGGGGUACCCGCGCCCUGCUGGAAAUGCUUAACCUGCAUCCAGCUGUCGUCAAGGCUUCACAGGAGAUCCACUUCUUUGACAAUGACAAAAACUAUGCUCGGGGCAUUGACUGGUACAGGGGUAAAAUGCCCUUCUCCCUCCCUCACCAGAUCACCAUUGAGAAGAGCCCGGCCUACUUUAUCACAGAGGAGGUUCCUGAGCGCAUCUUCAAGAUGAACUCCUCCAUCAAGCUGCUAAUUAUCGUUCGAGAGCCCACCACCAGAGCGGUGUCCGACUACACACAAGUGCUUGAGGGCAAGGAGCGCAAGAACAAGACUUACCACAAGUUUGAAAGUCUAGCCAUUGACGCCAACACAUGUGAAGUGAACACCAAAUAUAAAGCUGUACGGACAAGCAUCUACACCAAACACCUGGAGCGCUGGCUGAAGUAUUUCCCUGUGGAGCAGUUCCAUAUAGUGGACGGUGAUCGGCUCAUUACGGACCCGCUACCUGAGCUGCAGCUUGUUGAGCGCUUCCUGAACCUCCCCUCUAGGAUUAGCCAGUAUAAUCUGUACUUCAAUGCCACCAGGGGAUUUUUCUGUCUGCGAUUUAACAUUGUCUUCAACAAGUGCCUGGCAGGCAGCAAGGGCCGAAUCCACCCUGAAGUGGACCUGUCAGUCGUGACUAAACUGCAGAGGUUCUUCCACCCUUUUAAUCAGAAGUUUUACCAGAUCACUGGAAGAACAUUUAACUGGCCAUGAGAAUUUUUUUUUCAUAAAAAAAAUUUAAUAAAACAAUCUCGAAGGUAUGAACACUGUUUAGUUUAUUACAAGUAUGACAUCGUGACCAAAUAAUACUUGAUGUAAGUUCGCUCUACAUGUGUAAAAUGGAACAUAAUAGUUUGGUGUUUUGACUUGAAGAUUAGGUGUACAGCACCAAUUCUUUGAAGUCAGGUUACCUGUCUGUCAAGGUUUUCUUGUGAAAAAGAACAUUUUCAUGCCAUGUGUCUACAGUGACUUGCAGAAGCAUUUACACCUCUAAAACUUUUCUAAAUUUUGUCAUGUCACACAACCAGGAAAUUGGCCUGAAAACAAUGCUUAAUACAUAAGAAAUCUAAAAAUAAAAAGUUAAAUAAUACAUCUGAAAAUAUUGGAGCGCAUUUUUAACCAGAACCAUCUAUUUUGACCCUCCUGAAUAAAUUACGGUUAAACCAAUUACCUUACAGCCCUUCAAGAGAUUUGUUAUAAAACAAGUGAACAAAUAGCAUCAGGAAGACUAAGGAACCCAACAAACAAGGUCAGGGAGGAAGCUGUGGCGAUGUUUAAAGCAGGGUCAGAUUCUAAAUUAAGAUCCCAAGCUGUGAACAUCUCACAGAGAUCUGUUCAAUACAUCAUCUGAACACGGAAAGAGGGUGGACAACAUGCAAACCUUCCAAAACAUGACAGUCCAACUAAACAAACAGGAGACCAUCAAUCAAAGAUGCAGCCAAGAGGCGCAUGGUAAGCCUGGAGCAGCAGUCCAGCUCUGAUGGGAAAUCAUCUCUACAGGAUGUUGAUUAGUUGUGUACUCCACAAAUCUGGCCUAUAUAAAACAGUUGCAAGAACGUUGUUGACGGAAAACCAUCUCUUGUUUCCAGAUUGCCCAUGUAGACGCCCUGACUUUGGAUAGUUAUUCAUCAAACAGCCCGUGGUGUGUAUGGCACACAGCUUUGUUCAUUAUGCUGCAGAGUGUGAAGCAUUCUUUCCCCAAUCAGACAACACCAGUCUAGAACCCAACAUAGCGUACAUGCAAAACACUAUAGCUCAGAAUUAUUGAUACAAUUUCUUUCUUUUUUUUUACAGGAAAUGAGAAGGACGUCUUUUAAAAGUUAAUAAAACAGCUUAAAGGGAACUACUUUUGAAAUAAAUAAGUUAGCUGUUUUAAUUUCCAUGUCAUUAAAAUAGUCUACUGAGAAUUAUUUAUACACAUCAAUAAUCAAUGGAAAAAUCUUUAGCAGCUAUCAAACCCUUUUUCUAAUUGCUGUACAGCUUUGUGCAUGUUUCCACUGGGUAAACAUUCCUUAACAUAUUUAAAGUUGGAAGGACUCCUUGUUAUGUAUUUUAGCACCCUCUACAGAUUCUCUAUCAGAUUCAAGUUGGGACUCUGGCUGGGCCAUUCCAAAAUGAUAAAAUUAUAUAUUAUCAGUUUAAAUAUGUUGGUAAAAUGAAAAUUCGUUUCAGUUUAUGUACAUAGGGCUAAUUCACAGCAAUGACUCAUUGCACUUUACAUGGGGGACUGGGGGUUUCAGAAAACAGAGCACACACAUAAAACGGUCCAGGGGUAUUUUCUCGAACCAAAACAAUAUUUUCAACCAAAACUUGGCAAAGGUAUUAGUAAUUUGGGGCUCAGUUGUAUGUGUUGGGGGAAACUAACGCUGUUCAUUGCUCCUGAACACACCAUAACCACUGUAAAACAUGAUCGUGGCAACACCAUGCUGUGGGUUCACUUUUCUUCAGCAGAGAAGCUUAUCAUUGUUUAUUGGAAAAUGGAUGGAGCUUAAUACAGGACCAUCCUGGAGAAACACCUGUUACAGGCUUUAAAAGACAUAAGCAGGACAACAACCCUGAACAUACAGCCGGAGCUACAAUGGAACAGGUUAAAUCAAAGCAUUUUCAUGUGUCGACCAGUCAGAAUACAAACCCUAACCCAACUGAGAAUUUGUGGCAAGACUCAAAAACCAUGGUUCAAAAACAAUGUCACUACAGUCUGAUUGUGCUUGGGCUAUUCUGAAAAAAAAACAAAACAACAACAAAUGAGUAUGCAUCUCAGUCUCUGGGUGUGCAAAGCUGGUAGAGAUUUACCCCAAAAUAGAAAUUUUGUUUCAGGAAAAGGUUGUUACAGACUCGGGGGCAUUGGAUAUACGCGCACCAAACAGAUUUUAUUUGCAAUAAAAAAUGAAAAACAGGUAAAAUUUUCUUUCCACUUCACAAAUGCACUGAAGUUGGCAGCUGUAGCAUGACAAAAUGUGAAAAGUUCAAAAGGUACGAGUAUGUUUGCAAGGCACUGUAACUAAAGAGGUUGAUUUUAAGACUAUUCUCAGACAUUUACAGUAUUAGGAAAAACUUUAAGUGUAAAUCUUUUAUUUGAGAUAAGACAAACUAUGGCAAAAUAAAAUAAUUUUUCUCUGUCAUUUGCUUGACCCAAACUGCAUGUUCAGCUCAUGUGCCAUGAUCCCAUGGUCACCCGUUGUUUUUGUUAUCUGUUGGUCCUUAAUCUUUGAUUUAAUACUACCUGAGGCUAAGCUGUUAGACAGUACUCUCCUUUGAUUCUCAGCAAAGACUUAUCAGAACUUGAUCUCCUUUUUCAGCCCAAGUAUCACCCUAUCUAUCACCCUGUGCAGAGCGAGUAUUAACCAGGCUUAUCAAGAUUCAAGUGGACACCUUUUAGGACAGCUGUCUUCAUUCUGGGACACAAUGUUAAAAGGAAUUUGUACUUUGUGCAUACUUACUUAAAAAGAUAUUGAUCAGCCUAAUGCAAUAGCCUUUUAGUGAUGGAAUUGCCAAAAAGUUUGAACAAGGCCUACAAACAUCUUAGCUUUCAAGACCUGGGCUUGUAUUUUGAAUUUAAUUGCUGUAAUUUCAUAUCCACAGCUGUUUUUCCACAUUCAUCAAGUCAUGCUGCAUAGGGCCACAGUAAGUAAAGUAAUGUUGUCCUCUGAUGAUUCUUGUCAAAUUAAGUUAAAUAGAUGAUCAACAACAUUUGUCUGUUUCAAUGGAAGUAUUCAUUGUGUAUCAUAAUUGUUAAAACAUAUUAAAAGUACGUUAACAUUU